GAGAGAGAGAGAGGGAGACGGAGAGAGAGAGAGUGUGAGAGAGAGAGAGUGUGCCUUCAAAAUGGAUGCCAUACACAUACACAGGCUAGGAGCACAGCGAGAGGGGGAAUCUGAUCCACUCCCUGUCAAGCCUGCAGGGCUGCAUCGUACACGUCUGACAAAAGGCACACAGCCGGUGUAUCACUGUGGCUGAGGAGAGCGGGGAGAAGGGAGCCUGUGUGGAAGACCGAGCCCAGCGCCCAAUCAGGUACCUCCGUGUGGUGCUCGAGCCAAUCGGCAGCCCUCGUUCGAGGUUAAAGAUUGACAAUUGCAGGAGAGAGCAGCAGGGAGAGAAGGCCUUCUGGGAAACCUGGACCCAUCUUUUCCCUCAUCCCCCAACGUCCUCAAUAAUUGAUAAAGAUUAAAAGAGUAAGCUGAAGAAUCUGAGUGUGAAUAAGGAUAAAAGAUGUGCCGUGUUUCCGUGUGCCAUGUCAUCCCUCUCUCUCUAGUGAUAGAGGGAGAUGAAAGGUGUGGGGGUUGGUGAAAGCAGGAUAAGGCGGAAUGGAAGCAGUGGUUUUGUUUCCACUGGUUGAGAACGGUGCGUUCAAAUGGUGCUUUCCUCCCUCAAGUGUAAGUGGGACGAAAAUGAGAGCUGAAGUCCUCUGAGCAGCGAGGUCGUUGCAUCUGCCGUGGCGUCAGAGAAAAAUGGUAACAAUAGAAUCGACAGCAGGGUGCCUGCACACAAGUGUGACAGAGGAGGAGGAAAAAACUGGAAAAGAGACAGAAGAUAUGGAGAUCUCAACACGAUCCAAAGUUUCAGACACGGGGCCGACUGAGCGGACAGCCCCGAAGCGAAGAAUGCCCAGUCCUUCUCACUCAUCCAACGGCCACUCCUCGGCUGAGACGUCACCGUGUCCAGUGAAGAAGAAGAAAAAACCUGGUGCUGUUAGCAGCAGCAAAGACCAGUCAGAACUAAGACAUGGUCCCUUUUACUAUGUGAAGCAGCCAGCACUCACCACAGACCCUGUUGAUGUUGUACCGCAGGACGGCAGGAAUGACUUCUACUGCUGGCUGUGCCACCGCGAGGGCCAGGUGCUCUGCUGUGAGCUCUGCCCCAGGGUGUACCACGCCAAGUGUCUCAAACUACCAGCCGAGCCCGAGGGCGACUGGUUCUGUCCGGAGUGUGAGAAAAUAACAGUUGCAGAGUGUAUAGAGACUCAGAGCAAAGCCAUGAUGAUGCUAACUAUAGACCAGCUAUCUUACCUACUAAAGUUUGCCCUGCAGAAGAUGAAACAGCCAGGUGAUCAUCCCCGCUUGUCAUCUCGCUCCCCCCAUGCAGCUUCCACGCAGAGAAAGACUUUUAAUUGGACUGAACCCUUCCAGAAACCCGUGUCUCUUGAGCAGCACCCCGAUUACGCGGAGUACAUUUUCCAUCCGAUGGAUCUCUGUACCCUGGAGAAGAACAUCAAAAAGAAAAUGUAUGGCUGCACAGAGGCAUUUCUGGCAGAUGCAAAAUGGAUUUUGCAUAACUGUAUUAUAUACAAUGGAGGCAAUCACAAACUCACAGCUACAGCUAAAGUGAUAGUAAAGAUCUGUGAACAUGAGAUGAAUGAGAUUGAAGUUUGCCCCGAGUGCUAUCUGUCUGCUUGCCAAAAGAGAGACAACUGGUUCUGUGAGCCUUGCAGUAACCCGCACCCUCUGGUGUGGGCCAAACUGAAAGGAUUUCCAUUCUGGCCUGCUAAGGCUCUGCGGGACAAAGAUGGACAGGUAGACGCUCGCUUCUUUGGUCAGCAUGACAGAGCUUGGGUUCCUUUAAACAACUGCUACCUCAUGUCCAAAGAGAUUCCGUUCUCUGUGAAGAAGACCAAAAGCAUCUUCAACAGUGCCAUGCAAGAGAUGGAGGUCUAUGUGGAGAACAUGAGGAAGAAGUUUGGGGUGUUUAAUUACGCCCCCUUCAGGACACCCUACACCCCUGACAAUAACUUCCAGAUGCUGCUGGAUCCAGCCGAUCCCUCAUCCACUCCCAUCAAACCCGAGAAACAGGAGAAGAUCAAGCUGAGCUUUGAUAUGACUGCGUCGCCCAAGAUCCCACUGACCAGAACCAUGUUGCCUGGGCCUGGAAUGGGAGGGAACGCAGUGGGGGGGCGGCGGCUCCCUCUCACUGAUAUGCCUCGCUCCCCAAUGAGCACCAACUCCUCUGCUCACACAGGUUCAGAUGGGGAACAGGAAACAGGGGAGAAGUCCCAGAGUAAAGCAGCAAACAGCCAAUAUAGUGCAGGAGAAGAGUCCAUGGACUGUACAGCCUCGCCUGCCCUUCCUCGACCUGGUCCCGCUGGCAGUUCCUUGGACAGUCCCAAACCAUUCCACUCUCAGGCUCCUGCCGUCGCCAAGCAGGAGAAAACACCACAGACUGGAAGCAUUCUUAACCUUAAUCUAGAUCGGAGUAAAGCAGAAAUGGACCUGAAGGAGCUAAGUGAAACUGUUCAGCAGAAACAAGGAGCCACGCCAGUCCUCACCUCCCCAAAAAGACAGAUCAAGAGCCGUUUCCAACUGAACUUGGACAAAACCAUUGAAAGCUGCAAGGCUCAGUUGGGUAUUGAUGAGAUAUCUGUGGAUGUGUACAAAGGCGUCGAACACAGCGACUCAGAAGACUCUGAUAAAUCUGACUCCAGUGACAGUGAGUACGCCAGUGAUGAGGAGCAAAAGACCAAGGAAGGCCAAGACACAGAACCCAAUGAAGGAGAGCCCCAAAAGGAGUCAACCAAAGCCAAAGCCAAAGACCAAGCCCCCCUAAGCCAAGAAGAAGAAGGUAAAACCGAUGUGCCUGUCGCAUCCCAUGUUGAACCUACAGCGGGCCAUGCUAGCGCAACCUUAUCCGAUGCUCCUGCUAAAGAGAAAAUAAGCACAGAUGUGGAAAAGGAGAGCCCGGAGAAGAACAAAUCCCCUCCCGAGUCAUCUGCUCCCAAAGAAAAGCCUCAAGUGAAACAAGAGACAAAGCAGACUGUGCCAGUGGAGGACUCUGACUCAGAGAGGGAGCUGGUUAUUGACCUCGGAGAGGAACAAAGUGGCAGGGACAGAAAAAGGAGCAGAAAAGACGGCACCAAAGACUCAACUGCUGGUAAACCUGAUGGCAAAGCUCUGACCACGUUAACCCUCGCAUCUCAAAACAGCACAGCCCCUUCCACACCCUCCAGUGUCUCCACGCAGUCCCCCGUGGCCAUCCCUGUCACCAUGGUCUCCUUCACCGCUCCGUCUCCUGCAACCAUUAGCCUCGCGUCCGUGUCCAGCGCCACCGCCACCGCCCCCUCCUCCUCCUCGGCGUCCACGACGCCCGCCCUGAAGAAGCAGCGCCCUCUGCUGCCCAGAGAGACCGUGCCGGUGGUGCAGAGAGCCGUGGUGUGGAACCCCACCGCCAAGUUCCAGACCUCCUCUCAGAAGUGGCACAUGCAGAAGGUGCAGCGCCAGCAGCAAAACCAGCAAUCUGUGGCAACCGCUCAAAUGCAGGCGUCGUCACCCAGACACGGCCAGGCUCAAGUGCUGACCCAGACACAAGCGGUUGCAAACGGCUCUGCCGCUGUCUCCUCGUCAUCGCCACAGCAGUCUUCACAAAACACUCGCUAUCAGACCAGACAGGCUGUUAAAGCUGUGCAACAAAAGGACACUCCUCUCACCACAUCCACAUCGACUGUCACCCUGGUAUCCAGCAGCCCAGCGUCUGUCGCCAUGAUGGCUGCGUCAAGUUUAGGCACGGCCACUGCGUCUUCAUCAGUUGCGACCGACCUGUACAUCCCCACUGCCUCCGCAGAUGUAGCUGCAGACAUUGCCAAGUACACAAAUAAAAUAAUGGAUGCAAUCAAAGGUACGAUGACUGAAAUCUACAAUGACCUUUCUAAGAGUACUUCAGGAAAUACAAUAGCAGAGAUAAGACGUCUGAGAAUUGAAAUAGAAAAACUACAGUGGCUGCAUCAACAAGAGCUAUCAGAAAUGAAGCACAAUCUUGAGCUGACGAUGGCAGAGAUGAGGCAAAGUCUGGAGCAGGAGAGAGAGAGGUUAGUGACGGAGGUGAAGAAGCAGAUGGAGUUGGAGAAGCAGCAGGCGGUGGACGAGACGAAGAAGAAACAGUGGUGCGCUAACUGCAGGAAAGAGGCCAUCUUCUACUGCUGCUGGAACACCAGCUACUGUGAUUAUCCUUGUCAGCAAGCCCACUGGCCAGAACACAUGAAGUCCUGCACUCAGUCAGCCUCUGCACCACAGCAAGAACCUGAGGCUGAGCCAACAGCAGACCUCCCAAACAAAAGUUUAGGACAGGCUAGCAGUGGCCCAAACUCUCUCAGAGAACCGCCAGUCUCUGCACCAUCAGAAAAAGACUGUGACACGGAGAAGAGCACUGACAGUGUUGCCGUCACUUUGUCAUAACCAAGCUACUUGAAAAUGUAAAUGUAUAUAUUGUUUUUAUUUCACUGCAAAGAAAUGUCUAUGUAAAUUGUUUGUUCGGGAGCCUGUUAUGAAUUUAUAAUUCAAAUUCUGUUCAUUUAAAAUAUUUGUUUCAGUGCUCACAUACUGCCCCCAGCGCACUGUGGUUUAAAACUACACUGACAGCGUAUACAGAAAAAGUAACCACUAGAGGGAGGCAGUUAAAAAAAAAAAAAAAACUGAGACUGUAUACUCAUGCACUCAUUUGCAGGUCCUAUACAGAAAGCUGUCAGAAUAAAGAUCUUACGAGCAUGCUUGAGCGUCACAAAACAUUCACAUAGUGUAAUGGACAACAGUGAAACUGUUUACAACUGCAAAAAUGUAACCCAUGUUGAAGGACCACCUCAGCUGUAGCUUAGAGGACUGCUGACAGAAAUGUCUGUAAAUUACCUUAUUUUGUAUUCUGUGUUAAUUUAUUUGUUAUUAAAAUGUUGCCUGCUGUAUACCGUAAAGAAAAGAACAAAUACACACAUUUUAAACAA